UAGGAGCGCUGAGAAUGCGCUCAGGAAACUAAAAACCUUGAGAUUCUCCCAAGUGGAGUAGGCAGAGCUCGUGAGAGGACCCUUACUCCUGAGAGCCAUACUAAAACUAGCAGCGACCCAUACUAGACCCUGGUUUCGACCCGUUCUCAGGAUAAGACUGGGAAACUCCGUCCUUGCUGGUAUUAGCUAAUUCGUUCUUAUGGCGCGAUUAAUUCCGCAUUCGGCACGCGCUCCGCAGAUUACCGCGGCUUCGUUGCGAGACGUCUCGAGCCUCGGCGAAAUACGCGUCUCGUUGCGUACGUAGCGCACCGCGGUCGUUUACCGGUUCAGAUUCUCAGCAACGGCAGCAGCGACAGCGACCGCGACAACAACGGCACGAGCGGCACUCAACGUUGUUGAUCGUCGGCCAGAGAGCGCAACUAUCAGCCGUCAACCCUCCCUAAGGCGCCUAUUUUUGAGGCGCCUCAAAAUGAGAGCGCAAUUAUAAGCCGUCAACCCUCCCUAAGGCGCCAGACUGAUAGACGGAGAGCGACGUUCGCUAAUCCUCUCCUCGUAGUUACACCUUGUCCUUGGCAGUAAUUCGUUGCUACUGCGUCCUCUCCUCGCAUUCCCCCGUAGCCUCGUUCGCCUCGUUUCCUUCGGCGGCUUCCUCCCCGGAUUACUCUUAUCUUCGCCUUUCGACGCGCCUCAAUAAUAGAUCCUUCGCCGUCCUCCUGGGACUCCCUUUAUCGUCUCCUCCUACCCGCUAUUGCGCCAUGUGCGGCAUCGCCCUCGUCGCCCAGCGACUGCGAGCAGGCGAGGAUGGUCGCACAGGCAGUGGGUGCGACGCGCCGUGCGACUGCGAGCGACCUAGAGCUCACUCCUGCCAAUCAGGAUGCGCCACGUGUAACCAAGACACGGCUCAAGAGCCCAUCACCUCAUCACCAUCUCACAGCCAAACGGCCUCUGUGCUACAACCAUCUCUGCUACAACAAUCCGCAGCGCCUCACCUCGUGUGUGCCUGUAUCGGGUCGCCUUCUAUCGAGUCCCUCGCCGCCUCUCUCCACCGCAGAGGCCCCGACCGCUCCUCUGCUCUCUCCCUUCAGCUGCCUCCCCUGCAGGUGCAAGUCCCUUGUGUCAUACCAGUCGCUGCCCCUCCUCUUGAACUGCCUUUUGAGUCAACCCAAAAAGCACCUGGUUUCUCACCUGCUUUCUCUCCUCAAGUGGGCUUGCCCGAGCAACAUGAGCGAAAUGUGGGCGCUGCAGCAGCUCACUCUCUACCAGAACAGCAUUUACAGGAUCGCUCGUUACAGGAACAACACUCGUUGUUGUUAGAAGAACGCAAGUUGCGAGAAAAUCUUCCACUCCCCGUCACCCGCCUGUCGCUGCUGGGUGCCGUGCUGCAGGUGCGGGGAGAGGGAGAAGGGGUGUUAUGUAGUGGAGAGAGGGGGGAUGAGAGAGUGGGAGAGGGGGGGGAGGAGAGAGGAAGAGAGAGAGGUGUGGAUAGAGGGGGAGAGGCAGGGGAGGUGACUCAACCGUUGAUGGACCAACAUGGCAAUGUGCUUCUCUUCAAUGGUGAAAUCUUUGGUGGGCUGCCCGGUCUCCAACCCAGUGAGAAUGACUCCCUGGCCCUUCUCUCAGCCCUCUCCUCCUGCUGCCCCUGCUACCGCCCCUCCCCUCGCUCCCUUCGCUCCACCUCUCCCUCUCUCAACCCAAGCACCAUCACAGCGACCACCAAGAUUAGUGACGUCAGUAUUACCACCACUGUUGGUAACAGCAGCAGCAGCAGCAGCAGCACUGGUAACAGCAAUAGCCGCACCAGCGCUGGUAGUUGCAGCAGCAGCACCAGCACUGGUCGCAGCAGUAGCAGCAGUGCCACGCCUAUUGACCCCCUCGCACACUCCCCUGCACUCCCCUCCUCCCCUCUCUCCGCCCGUCCCACCCCCCUCUGCGGCCACCCCCACUCCAUCCCCCGUCUCCUCUCCUCCCUCCGCGGCCCCUUUGCCCUGGCCUACUGGCAGGCGACAGCUGGCGUGCUCUGGUUGGCCCGUGACUUCAUGGGGCGGCGCAGUCUGCUGUUCCAUGGGCCGUGCGAUGGGGGUGAUGGCAGCUGUGCUGGCUGCUGUGCUAGCUGUAGCAGCUGUAACAGCUGUAGCAGCUGUAGCAGCUGUCGCACCUGUGGCAGCUGUAGCAGCUGUCGCACCUGCGGCAGUAGUGGCAACAACAGUCACACCUCCCACAACAGCAGCAACAGCAGCGAAAGCAGCAGCAGCAGCAGCAGCAGUGGCAACUGUAGCAGCAGCAGGAUAGGCACGAGCUCUAGUGUGAGCUCCACUGGCAGCAGCACCGUUUCCUGUAGAGAAAGCAGUAACAGUAGCGGCAACACUAGAAGCAAUGGCUUCAGUACCAGCACCAGCACAGGCAAUGUCGCCACCACCACCUGCAGCUGCAGGGGGGAGGGAGCCGCAGAAGGGGGAGCGAAGGGGGCAGCUGCACCUUUGCUGUGGCGAAGCAUCUUUGUUGUCAGCAGUGUGUGCCCCUCCGCUCUCUCUUCCUCUCUGCCCUCUGCUCUCCCCUCUUCUGCAGAGCCAGCAGAAGAGCUAGGAGAGGUGAGCAGAGGGAGGGGAGCAGCAGAAGGAGGAGCGAAGGGGGCAGCAGUAGUGGGAGGAGCGGAGAGAGUAGGGGAGAAAUGCAGAGGGAGAACUGGAGGGAAGGUUGGAGAGAGAGCACAGGGGAAACUGGCAGGGGGAGCAGGUGAAUCAAAUCCGAAGCCGGCUCUUGAGCCAAACAGCUUGUCUGAGUUUGGAUAUUGGAAGGAGCUGCCCUGUGGGAUCUACAGCACUCUUCUCUCGCCUGCUGCUGAUCUCUCUAGUAACGGUGGGGCCGCAAAAAACAGGGGGGGGGUAGCAAGAGCGAGGGAGGGAGUGAGAGAAGGGGAGGAUGAGUGGGAAUGGAGGAUGCACGAGUGGGAGGAUGAAACUGUGCUGCGGCUGCUGACGUGGCAGCGACCAGCCACAGCUGACGGAGUGAACCAAGAUGCUGAGCUGGCAGGAGAUGGGGCUGAGCUGGCGAACUCCAACACUGAGCUGGCAGCAGGUGAUGCUGACUCAGCAGCAGAUGCUGUGCUGGCAGCGCUUGAUAGGGCGGUGGGGAUGCGAGUGCGGCACAUUCGAGAGGGAAAGCACUCUGGGUCACGGAAGGAGCGGUUGAAGGAGCCACGGCUUCUGAAGCAGAGUCGAGAGGGGUUGGUGGCACCAGUGGCAGCGGCAGUGACAGUGCCAGUGGCAGGUGUAGUUGAGAAGAGGUACAAAGAAGUUGAGGUGGCACCUGUAGCUGUGCUGUUCUCAGGGGGGCUGGACUCCAUGCUGCUGGCUGCUCUAGCUCAUCGACACGUGUCCAUUCAUCGCCCCAUUGAGCUCUUGAAUGUGAGCUUUGCGGGGGCAGCUGCGCCAGACAGGCAGACAGCCUUACAUGGAGUGAGGGAGCUGAUGGGAGCAUGUGAAGGGCGAAGGUGGCACCUGGUGGAGGUGGAUUCAACUCUCAAUGAAGUUGACCAAGUCAAGAGGCACCUACUCGCCCUGCUCUGCCCCUCGCACACCCACAUGGACCUCAACAUAGGUGCAGCACUGUGGCUGGCUGCCAGGGGGGAGGGGAGGAUGGUGCAGUAUGGGGGGGAGGGGGGGGUGGGGAAGGAAGAGGGAGAGGGGGGACAGGAAGAGGGGUGCAGAGGGAUGACGAGGGGUGAGGGGUACAGAGCACGAGCACGAGUGGUGCUUGUGGGAACAGGAGCGGAUGAGCAGUGUGGGGGCUAUGCUCGUUACAGGACAAAAUUCAGACAAGGAGGCUGGCCUUUCCUUGAAACGGAGAUGCGGGAGGACGUGCGUCGCUUGUGGCGCCGCAACCUGGGUCGGGAUGACCGGUGCCUGUCGGACCACGGGAGAGAGCCGCGCUUCCCCUUCCUUGACGAGGGAGUGAUGAGUGCGCUGCUGGCCCUGCCUCUCCCCCGCAUCACCGACCUGCACCUCCCACCGGGCACGGGGGACAAGCUCAUACUGCGACAGAUUGCUUGCAAGCUGGGUCUUAGAGGAGCUGCUGCAUUGCCUAAACGAGCCAUCCAGUUUGGAUCUCGCAUUGCGAAGGAGGCCAAUAAGAGGGACUUCGGAAGCAAUAGAGCUGCUAAUUCAGCGGCAGUUGGUGAACGAUCAAUCUUUGUGACGACAUGACAUGACACGCAAAUGUGUUCACCGCAAUUUAAAUAUCAAUGGUUGCAAACAGCAAUGAUAUGCUAUAGAGCGAGUAUACUUGUAUUAUACAAUCCAUUUAGCAGUGGUCAUCCAUAGUUAGCGUUUCUGAACACUUAGGGAUUGGGAGUUGAAGUGUAGUGUUGGGCCUUUUUUA